AUGGCGGUCCCCGGACCUCUCCACACCGACAACAAGCGGCGAAAGCGAUCCGAUACCCAACUGAGGGCAGAGGCGGAGGAAGGGACGGGGGCGAGGAUUGAGAAACGAAGCCUCUUCUCACGUCUCUUAAACUCCAAUCUUCUCCACCGUCGACCUACCAUGCGCCACCUCUACAACCUCAACAUGGACGACGACACCAAUGGUGACACCAAUGAUGGAGGGGCGGAGAGGUAUGCGUACUGGAACGCAGAGGAAGAAGAGGAGGAGAGGAUUGACGAGGAGGAUGACUUGGAACGACGUGUUGGGAUCUAUGAGGAUGACGAUGACGAAGGGUUUGAGGAUGUAGGGAUCGUGAAUCAAGUUAUCAGAGGAACUAGUACCCCUCUUAUCAUUGAACCGUUUAUCCGCCACCCUGCACACGGUAGCAGUCUCUUCGACACAGAUAUCGGCAGCGGUAGCAAUGGCAACGACCGUGCUGGUGACCAUGACGAGAAGAUCAGUUACGAUGACGACGGUGAUGAUGAAGAAGACUUGGAUAGGAUCCGAGCCAGUCAGCCCUGGUACCUACACCAAUAUACAUCAUCCUCCUCUCCAAAACACCACAACGACAAGAACAAUGACGACGACGCUGAUAUCAUCGAGAGUCAGAUCUGGAUAAUCGACGAAUGGGACGAGGACUUUGAUGGUGUCGAGGAGACGAUUGACGACUUCAUCGAUUGGAUCGAUGACCUCGACCAUGUCCGUGCGCGUUCUGCUGGUGAUCACUCUGGCAACAACUUCCCUCUUUGGCGUCUCUUCUCAUGA